AUGAGGUCUGAGAACCUCACAUCUAUCACUGAGUUCAUCCUGGUGGGGCUCACCAGUCACCGAAGAUCCCAGAUCCUGCUCUUUGUCACCCUCCUCCUCAUCUACACACUUACAGUCAUGGAGAACCUGGGGAUCAUCAUGCUCAUCCGGUCCGACCCUAAUCUCCACAUGCCCAUGUACUUCUUCCUGAAGCACUUUGCAGGCCUGGAAAUCUGUUAUUUCACCACCAGCAUGUCCCAGAUGCUAGCUCACCUCAAAGCUGGGAAUGGAAUAAUUUCUUUUAGACAUUGCACAGCCCAGAUGUUUGUCAGUAUAUACAUGGGCACGGUUGAGUUCAUUCUGCUGAGUGUCAUGGCCUACGACCGCUACCUGGCCAUCUGCUAUCCCCUGGAAUACUCCAUAGCCAUGGGCAGGGGUCGACAGCUGCAGCUGGUUUCCAUCUCCUGGGGAGGUGGCUUCUUAAAUGCUCUCAUAAAUGUGGCCUGCCUCCUUCGCCACCCCUACUGUGGACCCAACCGCAUCAACCACUUCUACUGUGAGCUGCCUCUCGUGCUGAAACUAGCAUGUGCAGAUACCCACACCACAGAGGUCAUCAUUUUUGUGUUGGCAGGGGUACUCCUCACAGGUACACUCACAGCUAUCCUGACCCCCUAUAUUCAAAUACUUUCUACGGUGUUACGGAUGAAGUCAGCUGCCGGAAGGCGCAAGGCCUUCUCCACCUGUGGCUCUCUUCUGGUGGUUUCCUUGUACUACGUUACUGUUGUUGCCAUGUAUAUGAGACCAUGGUCAAGCUCAGCUUCUGACGCAGACAAACAAGUUGAAGUCUUUUAUGUAGUGGUCACUCCACUUCUCAAUCCUAUCAUUUACACCCCGCACAAUAAGGACAUCCAUGCGGCAGUGUCCAAAAUAUUGCGAAGAUGA